UACUUCACUCUCCUGUUGGGGUUCCUACUUUAUGAUGCUCAACCAGCAGCUCCAACAGGCUGUGCAGGUCCACCCGUGCUGUGUUGUACUGGUCAAAAAAACUCUUGCUCCAGAGGAUGUUUCUGUGAUGAGGGCUGCUUGCAAUCGGGCGACUGCUGUCCUGACUACAAGUCCACCUGCAUGCAACCUUUUACCACUGCACCACCAAUCACACCCAGCACAACAAGCCGCAGUACUACAUCUACACUGGCGAAUGACAUCACAACUUCUUCACCCACUGUCUCGUCAGCACCAAAUACAACAUCUACACUGAUGGAAGGGAGUGCAACAUCAGCAUCUACUGUCUCUGUUACUACAGCAACCAGCCAAACAAGCAGCAGCUCACCUGCACCAGCAGAUAACGGCACAACUUUAGCUACAGCAGGAACAACACCGACAGACACCAGGACAACUCUGGAUACCACUAGUGUCACAUCUUCACCAGCAGAUACCUGUAUAGUGGCCAUUAACCUAAAAGCUUAUGUAUUAUCCCAGAAUGGGGAAAAAGAAGAUGUGAUUUUUGAGGCUAUCUCCAAUUUUAUUUCCCAGACCCUUCUCCAGCUGAACUGUGAGGGCUGCUCAUCAACUAUCAGACACAUCAAACGCACCUGAGAAAGGCCAAUGUCUCAGCCAACGGGAGCACCAGUGUGGCUGU